CACGCGGCUGAUCCAACGCGCGAUGCGCGAUUUCAAGCUUCAAAUAGUUGAAAACUCUUGAAGAAAGCUCCUGUAAUAUACUUCGUGUUUGCGUAGGGCCUUCAGACUUUGUUUACAUCUUCGAGCGAUCUUGCCGCUAAUGCCGCUUAGUAUCGCGCGCUCUCUCUCUCUCUCUCCCUGUAAAGAAUGUGAGAUCUUUUUUGUUCGAGUAUCGCUUUGUUGUUUGCCGAAACCUUCCAGUCGAAGAAAGCCUUUGUGAAAAAACGUGCUCUGACCUUGUCGAAUGUCAUAGAUUAUUUUUCUUUCUUCAUUAUUUCAUGACUUAUAAAAGGAAACAAAAAAGCAGCUCUCAUUAUCUUUCCAAAGUGAAACUCGAAACCUUUCCCCUCGUUCGAAACGACUAGUGUCUAAUUUCGAGCACUCGUCGAAGGAUCUUCUAAGAAACUACACGUGAUACUGCAUUUGAAUUGAGCCGUGCGAAACGCUCCUCUAACGAAAGUAUCUACAACAAUUCGAAUAAUAUAAAAAACCAAAAAUGCCGAAGAAACCCGCAAGAAAUGCUUUUUGGUUCUUUAUGGCAGAGUGGAAAACAAAAGAAGAAAGGAAUGGACGAUCUUUUCCGAACGGAUUUCGAGAUGUGCAAGCUUGUCCCAGAUGUAACGAAGCGUGGCGAGCUCUUACAGCUGAGGAAAAAGCUCCCUACGUGAACAAAGCAAAAAAAGCAAAAGCAAAUCCUGAAUAUGGCAAACAAACGAAUACUGGAGAGUUUAUCGACUUGGUUGAAAAAGAAGAGCAGAAUGAAUAUGAUUUUAAACUAAAUAUGGAAUCUCAUAUAAGGAAUAUCAUCUCCGAAGCAAAGAAAUACAAACAGCUCCAGACUCUUCGGUUUUCUUUUAUCCAUAUGAAUCAUUACUACAUGAGAAAACCAGACACGGGUCCUGUUGACUACUGUCCAGCAGAAUUUGCAAUCGGAGAAUUUUCCAUUCAGAACGGCUUGAGUCGUCACUAUCAUGAGAUUAUUAGAACAACUCUUCAUCUUGGCUAUACUAGAGAAGCAAUGGAAGUGAGUGAAAAGACUCACAUGCUUAACUGGGAUUUGCCAAUCGGAGAGGGGGACUGGGCAAUAAUGUAUCACAAAGUAAAAAAUUUUCUCGAACCUCUCCAAGAAAAUGACAAACUUCCACCCAUAUAUGCAUCAAAAAAAAUCUCUCAUCUUCUGCCUUCGCUGUUUCGAAGAAUGGCAGAUGCUGUAGGUCAAAACCCAGGAAAGUUUGUUGUCUACAGUUUAGAGUCUCUUUACGGUCACAUACUUCGUGCAGUGAGCGAUCAUCCAGAAAGCAGAGUUCUUUCGAUUUUAGCUGAAACUCAGCUGGAAAAAGAAAUAUACGCUUACACUCCGAACAUCGAAUGUGACUACCAUAAAACUCUGGAUGGAAAAGGUCAAUUCUGCAGCCUUUCCGUAAUCCGACAAUGGGCUUUCGAAUUUUGCGACCAGUCCUGCAAACCGCUCGGUGUCAAAAUGAUUCCUGGAGUUCACUGUCCUGCUAGUAUCGAGAAAAAAUUCAAACCGAAUCUUUACAAUGCCAGUUUUCAGUCUGCCAUUAACGAUUGCAACAUGGGCGUUUUGUCGGCUACUGGUGUUAGUCAGAGACAUCGCAUUUCCGUGUCUGAGAGAAGUCGCGACGAGGAUCUUCGCAGACGUAAUAAUUAUGAACGAAUCGAGAUUAUUGAUCAUUCCCUUCGAGAGCCUGAGAAACGUCCACCGAGUCCUGAACCCGCUCCGAUAGCCGCGCCGAUUCCGCAGCAGCCUCCUCGUGCGCCAUCUACGAUGAGUCAAGCUUUGAUCGGUGUUCAUCGAGUUCCACCGGUUUUUAACGGUGAAAACUUUCCCGCCAUUGGUGGUCGUGGAUUUCCACGCCAGCAACCGAUGCGUCGACCGGAAGGUCCGAUCUGGUCUCAUCGAGGCAACAAGAACUCGGACUCUGACUAAUCGGGAGAAUUUCCCGAGCGUGACGUGGGAAAAACAUUGUUUCCUCGCUAAACGUUUGCUCCAUCCAAAAAUAAAAAAUUCAUGUUUUUUUUUGAACAUUUAAUAUUCGUUAAGUUAUCGGUUAAGAUAAGAAGACUAACAUUGUUAUCGCACAGGCAAAACCAAAGUUUAUCCGAAAUACGAUUCUUCAGGAAUAUUAAGCUAAAAAAUGCCUACUUGGAAUCAUAUUUGAUAAAAUUUUCGUGGGAUUGUUCCUACGUACGAUUUUUUAAUUAGAAAAACCGAACACUUGAAAAUUCCUUAUAUCGUCGUUUUCACAAAAUGAUACAAAAUAUUCGAAACUUUGUCAUUCCAGUUUUUUUAUGUCCCUUGAAUACGCAUCAUUUGGUCGUUCUGAUGAACCGAUAAAGUACACUUCCAGUAUUCGAUUUUCAAUUAUAUAACGAUAAUUGCAGUACAAUUUAGUAACGACGAUCUCGAAUCGUGCUUCAAUAAGUUUCUAUUUUUUUAUCGAUGUAAUUCUGGUACUGAAAGUAUGAAAAAUAUACUAAAUCGAUUACCUGCGAUUA